CGUUAACCAAGGGAUGUAAUCAACAAUUAUAGAGAGACAACAAUUUCCUUCCAGUUAAAAUAAAACUUUGCCACUUUAAUGCAUCUAAUCAUGUCUAAUGCAUUUGUUUGUUAGUCCAUGAUUUAAAUAGUACCUGAUGCUAUUCAAAUUCGAUCAGAGUAAGACUUGGUUAUUCUACUUACAUAAAAAACGUUAAGCAUUGUGGAAUGUCCAAAUAACAUUUCCAGAUAAUAAUGUCUAAAAAGUUAAAAAGGGAAGUGACUAAAACUUAUUAAAAUUAAAGUAAAUUAAAGACAAACGACUUAUCAUGACUUAUGACAGUUGAGUAUUGAGACUUAGUUACUUAAUUAACGUAUUACUAGUGCCUUCACUUAUUUACUCUUUAAUUAGUCUUAUGAGAGUUGUGAAAUUAGCAAGAAGAGUCUCUUAUAAAGUACAGUUAAAUAGGUACUACUACAAAUAGAUAACGCUAGAGUGUCUAGGCCUAACUACUACUUGAAGUCUAACCACAGGACAAUGACAGUCACAAUGAAUACAUACCACAUACUCAAUGAAUCCUUUGUUUGUCAAAUUUAAGUGGUGGCCUUUGUUGUGUGCUCCAUUUUCCCUCACCAUUGCUAUUGUACAUCACAAUGACAGUCUGCACAUGUCAUUCAAUCAUUGGUCAUGAGCUCCAAAAAUUUGUUGUAACUCUAACAAUAGUUUUCAUAAUCAUAAUCAUACUAUUAUUACUAUUACUACAUGUACAUAAUAUGAUGUAGUUAAUAGCUAAUAAUAAAAUAUAGGGGGAAAGAUUAAGCAUGAUUAGACUUAGUUUAAUAUAUAUUAAUUUUAUAGCUAGCGUUAAAAUAAUAAUAUUGAUUAAUAUAUAGACUAUAGAUAUACCAUAAGAAUCAUCCUGUCUAAUUAGUAGCAAAGAAGCCAAAUUUUAAAAAAAUUAAUUCAUCAAAUAUAAACAUCUGUAAAAACUUUUUAAAAUUGAUUUAAAAUUUAAUCAUAAUAAUGUCAUAAAAUAAUGUAAUGUUUUACUCUUUAUACUUUAUUAUUUAGCACUAUUAGCACCAUACUUAAGUAUUUGAAACUAUAUUAAUAUUAAUACAAAGUAGUAGCCUAUGUUAGUGGGAUGGGAAAACAUAGAUAGUGGACCCAUUGCCAUUACUAUUACUAUCAAUCAUGUAAUUUUGAUUAAUAUUAUUAAAAUAAGUUAAGAUAAGAUUCUUUUAUUGAUCCAAAUUAAAUAAAUCAACAUUUUUUUAAUCACAUUGUACCCAUACAUUUCAGCACAUAAAUUAAUAUUUUUACACAGACAACAUUUUUAAACUACCGUACUGGUAUUACCAUUUAAACACACAUGACAUCAAAAGUGUUUCUUAAGCACAAAGCUCAGCCAUCUGCAACUUUAAACAAUAAUUGAAUUAUAUACAAAAUUCUAAUAGUAUAUUUAUAGCUUUUUAAGAUUGAUUCAUGUUUAAUCUCUAUUUAUUUAGAUAGUUCUUUUAAAACAUCUCCUGAAAUCGGCAGAUCCCAAACAUUUGUACCACCAAGAAGCAAAAGAUCUAUUGGUCCAUUAUUAUAUUAGAAUGUCAAAUCAGGCCUUAAAGUCUAAGGUUAAACUGCUGUACAGAACGGUAAUUAUCAUUUAUUUAUUAUUGUGUUAAAUAUAAAUAAGAACAACCUCUCAAAGACAUGUUUUGUCAUUUUUAAAGAUAAAUAUUUGAAACCUGUUUUUUUUUUAAAAUAUUAUUUGUUACAAGAAAAAUUAUCAAUUUCAUCUCCUUUUUUUUCAAAAUUGUUUAAGUUAAAGAUUAAGUGGUCAAAGACUUCUGUCAUUUCUUCUUUCCUGGUAAAGCUUUUGAUAAAUAGUAAUCAACUUAAUUGUUUUUGUUUAAAAGUUAAAUUUUAUUGAGUAAUUUUCAUUAAUUACUGAGUUAAUAAAAGGCAUUUAGAGAGUUAGUAAACAUACUUUUCUGUUUUGUCACCAGUUUUUGAAAAAGCAUGUGUGACUAACAAUUUUGUGAUGCUAAUAUUGUCUCCUUAUAAUUUUGUUUAUUAUUGUUUUUAGAAUAUGAUUCAUAUAGAUUCUCAUUAUGGAUUACCUUAAUUACACUUCAGCUCCUUCACUUAGGAAAAGAUUAUCCCAAAGGUCCAGAGUAUUUCCGGUCACGUUUACAUGCAGCUUUCAUGAAGAACAAAGACUUAAAGGACCCCAAACAAAUUGAACUUAUGCUGGCUAAAGGAAAUUAUAUAGUCAAAGAGCUUGAAGCAUUGUAUAUGCUCAGAAAAUACAGGACAUUAAAGAAGAGAUACUAUAAUGUGGAAAGUUGACAACAUAUGGGUACUAGUUAUCUUGAAACCUUACACCCGAAGCUGCAGCACCGUUCAUAAUUUAUACACAUCAAAAUGGUUGGAAUUAACACCUGAAUUACUUAAGGGUAAUCCUUGAAAAUCAAAAACUUUAGAGAUGAUAAGCUGUGUGUAUUUUUAGGAUGUACAAGUACGCAUAAUUUCUGAUUAAUAUUUGUAAAAACAAUUCAGAUUAUGUAGACAUGAUUUACUUGGCCCUUAAAACUGUUCCAUCCUUUGAAUUAACCAUAACUCUGUGUGAAUGAAGAAGAAAAAAAUGGCUUAGUUUUUAUAAAUGAUUUGGAUUAUCCAUGAAUGAUGCUACACAGCUGCAAUUUGGUGGGAGACAGUUUAUGGGGAAAUUAUCUUUUAAAUGAGUAUAUUUGAUUACAUAUUUACCAUUUAUAUGCAGUAUCUGUGAUCACAAAAUAGUAAAAUGCUUUUUUUUAACACUGGUGAUGAAGAAAAAGUAUCAGUACUACUUUAUUAGAGAAUAGUUUAUUUAGUCUAAAAGAUUUAUGUACAUGUGAUAAGUUUCAAAAGCAGCUUUUAGUAAGCUCGUUAUUUUCUCUUUUAUAUUUUGGGAAAACUUAGCAGUAUAAUUUUGUGCAUGUAUUGUAAGGGUUUAGUUUGUAUUCUUGUUGUUUUAUUUUGGUGGUGGAAAUGAUAAGAAAUGGUACAAUAAUUUGACAUCAUAAAUGGAUGACCCAAAAGCUGGACUUUAUACUACAGAAUGAUAAUAGUAGUAUCGGUAUAUUUAUCUCAGGACAGUUAAUAUUUAUACAUUGUAAACUAAUUAAUUCUUUACAUAGCCUGUAAACUAACAGUAAUUAAAACUGAAUUUUGUUGCCAUCCAUGCCUUCUGAUGUGAUUGAGUGGAACAGUUUGAAAGUCUUUAACACAUUGCCCCUCUUUUUUUUAUUUUUAUUAACACUGGGCACUUGAUCACUGUAAGCCCCUUCUUUUCUAUCCAAGUUUAUACACAUUUUUUUAUUUUUUGUAUCGUUGAUUUAGUUGGUCAAUUUUUAACCUUUAAGCAUUUAAAAAGGAUGAGAAGGUUCAUAACUUUUUUUUUUUUUUCCAAAAGGAAUACAAGCAUUAAAUAAACUAUGAGUAUUAAAUUAAAGGGAAAAAAACAACAAGAUUGAACUUUUGAAGCAUCCAUUCUUUUUAAAGCCAGUAUUUGUACAAAAGAGAGUUUUGUUUACAUCAUCAAUUCAUGAAUGUCUCUACUAACUGAAAGCUCACAACUCUCCAGCAAACAUUGACUCCUUGCUCCCAAGAGCAACAUCCUCACUGGCUUAUUCUUUCCAUUCUGUUGGACUAAGCUUCCUCAACUGCUACUUUCUCUGUUUAUUCUUUUCAGUAAGAGUUACUAAUUCUGUUUUCUGUGAUUGUAACUGGAUUUUCUUACAAUUAUUUCUCACAAGUAUUUCUUCUCAGACCACCAACUCAGUUUUAACCAUUCUCCGUGAAAUAAAGUAUUUACUAAUUAUGUAUCCUUUCCUGUUUUAUAAGCUGUUUAUCAUCAUUAGAUAUUAUUCAAACCUAGUUGUUUAUCAUCAUUAGAUCACAUUCAAACCUAGUUGUUUAUUUAUCAUCAUUAGAUCACAUUCAAACCUAGUUGUUUAUUUAUCAUCAUUAGAUCACAUUCA